AUGCUGCUGUUCUGCCCGGCCUGCGGGAACGUCCUGGUGGCCGAAGAGGGGCCGCGCUGCCACCGCUUCGCCUGCACUACGUGCCCCUACGUCCGCAACGUCACGUGCAAGGUAACGAGCCGGCGCUACCCGAAGCUGAAGGAAGUGGACGACGUGCUGGGCGGGGCCGCGGCCUGGGAGAACGUGGACUCCACGGCAGAGCCCUGUCCCAAGUGUGAGCACCCGCGCGCCUUCUUCAUGCAGCUCCAGACGCGCUCUGCCGACGAACCCAUGACGACCUUCUACAAGUGCUGCAGCCCCCAAUGUGGGCACCGAUGGCGGGACUGAGGGUGCGGGGUUCAGGUGUGGGCAGGGCCUCAGCCCCUCCCUACCUCUAAACCAAUGGUUCCUAACCUGUGUUCCAUGGUCCACCAGUGGUUCGCAAGAACUAAAAUAUGUUCCACGGCCUCACUGUUACUGCAACAUUGCAAUGAGAGUUAAUGGUUGUGAAACCCUCUUAUAGUGCCAAUACUGAUUAAAUAUGGUUUUCUGUGGGCGAGCAGAUGGCGACUACUGGAUGGCAUAUGUUCUGUAUCAGAAAUUAGAGCUGAUGUGGUCUAUCCAAUGCAAUUCUCUGAAUCAGCAUCCCAAAUAAACAAACCGAAUCUAAA